CCAGGGGGCGCGGAGCUCCGGUGCGGACCCGCCUGGUGACAGUCGCCGUGUAGCAGACGGCGGGGAAUGUUUGGGAAGGUCCGGGUGGUCACUUUGCCGGGCGCCCCGGACCGGGACCGGGACCGAGCCCACCACCCACCCACCCCGGAAUGUAGCAUCGCCAUCCUGGGCUACGCCGGCUCCGGUAAAUCCGCUCUCACCGUGAAGUUUCUGACUAAAAGAUUCAUCAGCGAGUAUGACCCGCACUUGGAGGAUACCUACACCACGGAAGAAAUCGUGGAUCACCAGUCGGUGUUCUUAAAGAUAAUGGACACGGCAGACCAGGAGAAACCCGUGAACUCUGAGCGAUACCUGAGCUGGGCAAACGCCUUCGUCGUGGUCUACAGCAUCGACAAUAGGAAGAGCUUCGAAGCGAGCCGGGAUUAUCUGGAGAUCAUUUGCAGCCACACCAAAGGACAGCCGCACGACUACCCCGUCACCCUGCUGGGGAGUAAGCUGGACAUGGAGAGGUACAGGCAGGUGAGCAAGUCUGAUGGUCUCUCGCUGGCAGCCAAGUACAACUGCUCCUUCAACGAGGUGUCCGCCUGCUCGGAUUUCCCUCCUGUUCAGAAUGUGUUCCAUGAGUUGGUGCGUGAGGUGAGGCGGGAGACUGAGCGCCACCUUCCCGUCAGGCCGCUCUUUAUUUCCGAAGACAAGCCCAUGUCGGGCCUGCCCCAUCCUCCUGCCUUCGCCCAAGCUGUUAAACACCACCCGCCUGCCUUCGGGACGCAGCGACUAUCCACCGCCACCUACAAGGAAAUCCCCACCAUCACCUCAGCUAAACUCGUCACCGUGAAGUCAGCAAGAGCCCAGAGCAAGCGGAGAACACCCACCCUCACUCUGCUGAAAGGAUUCAAGAUAUUUUGAAAAAAACAUUAAUCGCCACACUGAAUAGCAAAACUCAACGUAGCCAGCUGGGUCAUAUCAACCAGGUGGAUCAUGCAUCUUGUGUAGGAAGGAACUGCAGAUGCUGGUUUACACUGAAGAUAGACACAAAAUGCUGGAGUAACG